AUGCACCUGAUCAAGUUGGUUGUCGCCGCUCUGCCGGCCCUGGCUCUUGCCGACACCAGCGCCGCACCAACGACAUACACUUACACCAACACCAUGACCUUGGUCAAGACCAUCACCCUCGCUCAAGUCCAUACCGUUACCUCAACCUGGGCCGCCAACUCAACUACCUAUGCGCCCACUGGUGGGAUGACGUCUUUCACACCCCCUGCUGCCACCACUACACCAGCUCCUGCCUCGAAAGGACCCGAGAAUGCUGCUGGUGUCCUCGAGGCCACCAAGAUCGCCUUGGCUGGUGUUGCUGGCAUGUUUGUUGUUGCACUGAUGUAA